AUGUCCGACACCCCCAAAGGCCCCUUCCGGCUCGUCACCGUCAACACCGCCCCCGAGCGGGCCAGGAGGCUCAUCGGCCGGAUGAUCGAAGCCUUGAAGGACCGGUAUACGAUUAUCCACGUGGACAACUGCGAGAAAAUCGAGGAAGUCGAGCCCAAGGUCAAGGAGCAUCAGCCGGACGUGCUGUUCUGCGCCUCCAUGUGGACCGCCGAGCAAGCUGCCGAAAUCCAGGCCAUCGCCAGACGUCUUCGCCCUGGCAUCCGCACGCACGCCAUCCCGUACGGCCUGCAGGUCGACAAGGGCCCGGAUGCGAUUGUCGAGCAUCUGCUGGAGAAUGUUCCUCCGUUGCUGGACCAGCCGGCGGAAAUUUUCAAAUAA